GAAGUUCCACUGUCUGGUGGUGACGGUAGGCUUGGGUCCACAUCUGCGGCCAGUCCCGAUACACGCAAUUCAUCUAGGUUCUACCGCUGGCUGUUCUGCGAGAUUUCUUGACGACCUACGCUCGUUCUCUAUCUUGUCCCGAGCGUUGCAACGGCGUUGGCCCAGGCCGGGUAGCACAUCCUUUAUCGGUAUUCCACCUCAGGGUCCGCUCACCAUGCGAGCGACACAGUAUGUCGCAACCGUGCGCCUCAUGGAGAGUCGAUUCCAACGACCUCCUUUCCGCCCUGUGCUCUCGCAGCUCGUACUGCGGGCUAUUGUGCACACCAUACAAGAGUAUCUGUUGGCUCUUCUCAAACCUACCUCAAUCGUCCUAUGGCAUUCACUCACAUCCCUUCGGCUCGGCUCUGACACUACUGGUCAGAUUGUCAUUCCGUGCGUACACUGUCUCCGACGGGUAUUAAGUGCCUUGCGUACACUCCAAGUACUGCGACUCAACCGGUUCGCUUGGCCAGCAUCAUCAGACAACCUGCCAAUAGCCGAUUUUUUACCUUCGCCUUCCUUCUCUCAACCCAAGGAUCUCAGCAUCUGGGCGGAGCGGGACUGGCUCUUGGACCGCCGCUCUGCAUACCUUGUGACUUGGAUCGCUCGAUCUGGGAUGGCGAACACUUUGCAGGCGAUUCAUUUCGAAUGGAUGACGAUCCUGAACGAGCCGUUGCUGAUGGCCGUCGCCUCUGUCAUUGAAGCCUCUAGCGGCACACUUCGCGGGAUAUUGGUGAGAGCCGGUCCAGACAUUUCGCUGAGCCCGCGUGUUCGUCGCUCGAACAGCUCUACGUACAUUUACCAUAUCACCGUCCCACGUUUCGUCUCUGCAUUAAUUUUGUGCAACAACUGCGACUCAAGCGACUGAGGCGUCUCAACAUCCGGCUGGACUCGUAUCCAGUAUGUGCAAGACCAGACCAGUCAGACUGGACUGAGCUAGACCAGGCAUUACAAGUGCUCGAAUGCCAAAGACUCGACUGCAUCUCUGUGCUCAAGCUUUCUACUCAUGUCGAUUCGGAGAAGAUGCUAUGGGGCAACAUCUAUCUAAACGGACCUUACGAUCCCGUUGCAUGGCGAACGGAACUUGCGCAUCUUCUCCCCGUGACGCACAGCAAGCGACAGCUUCACUACUGUGAUUACGUCUAUGGCCCGCCUGUGUUGGUCCCUAAUCGCGUCCACUUAACGCUGCCAGUAGAAGUUUGCGAGCGAACAAUUGACUUCGUGGCAGGGACGAGGAACGAAUCG